AGGUAAUGUUAUAGGCUCGUGCGCUGCGCAGAGGCUGCAGCAGCAACUGCGCGUGAACCAGAAGAGGAAACCUGCAGCAAAACACAAGUGGACAACUUCUUCUGAGAUAUGGCUGUGCCGCUGCCGUUUCUGGUCUUAUGUGCCUGUGUUUUGGGGCUUUACCGUGGUGUGGAAGCAACACCAGACGCCCUGAGCUCUCUGGAUGCUUCUUUCUGUCAGGGUGGACUAGAGGUCGUCUAUCCAGAACUGGAUGUUGAUGAGUGCCUCGUAAUUCCAAAGGACCUUCGAGAAAAGAUGAGCACAGUUUGGAAUGCACCAAAUGUAUACUUCCCUGGAGCACAAAUAAAUCAGAUGUAUGUUCUGGUGAUGGUUGAUCCGGAUGCUCCAAGCCACGCCCAACCAAAGGCUGCUUACUGGAGGCACUGGCUGGUCGUGGACGUGCAGGGCGAUGCACUCAAGAAAGGGCAGAUACGUGGGACGGCUCUCACUAACUAUCAACGGCCAACCCCGCCACGGACAUCUGGUUUUCACCGCUACCAGUUCAUGCUGUUUGAGCAGCACCCAGACGCACCGGUGUCCCUCACCAAGCAGGAGAAGUCAUCUUCCGCUAAAUGGGAUCUAUGGGCCUUCAUCACAAGGUUUGAUCUGGGAGAGCCUGUUGCCACGGUGCAGUUCCUCACCCAAAACUACAAAGCCUGAAGGAUGCUCAGAUGCCUGAAAGAAGAAUCUGUCAGUACAAUAAUAUAAAAUAAUAAAUGUUUCCCUUGCACCAGU